GCUGAUGACAAUUUGGAGAUCAAGAAGUCAUUAAAUAUCAAUAUGGGAAAACAAUCAGUUAAAGACAAAUCAAAAGUGCUAUUUUACAACACCAGGAACUCAAACACAACGAUUAACACACUAACAAAAACAUAUUCUGGUAUAUCUCAAUCAUGUACUAAAAGCUUGAUAAUGCAAUUGAAGAAAAAACUACCAGAAAACACGUAUUAUGAAGACAACGGUAUAUUAAAACGUGACUUGAGCAUAGAAACAGAUGUGUGUAUUUUACGACGUUAUUAUAAACAGAACAAAAAUAAAAUACAGAAUAAACCAACAUCAUCAGCAAGGUCUAAAUAUUCAAUAAACAACACUGAAGUCAAUACAGCUACCGAUUUAAGGGCUGAUACUAGUGCCUGUGGAGACAGCGAACCUAAAACAGAAAAUACACAAUUAAAUGUAGAUCUCACUACACUUGUUGUUGAUAAUCUGAAAACGUUACUAAAUGAGUGGAUAAGAAAUUACCUCCUUGAGAAUGAUGAGACAAAACAAAAAAUAGAAACUGUAUUAGAUUCUAUUUUGCAUAAAGUGGAACUUGAACAUUCAUCAUCCUCUUGUACUUAUAAUCUCGAUAUUAAAGUUAAAAGAGAUGCAUUUAACGAUAAUGCAACUGUUACUACAAUAUCAGAUCGUAACAAAAUAUCAUCGCUAACAGUACCUCUAACUGGAAAUCAAUUAAAACUAAUAUCAACUCUAAGUGUACCCAAGAAAAUAUCCCCGAAGAGAAAGAAGAAAAUAACACGGUUCCUUCAAGAUAAUGAUAAGAAAUCAAGCAAAUUAAAUUUAAAAUCGUCUCACUAUAAUGUUUUAGAAAUAACAACAGAAUCUUUUACAAAAAGAUUUGCUACUUAUCAAAAUAAUGAAAACAUAAAUCAAAUAUUUGAAUACAAAACCUUAAAUUUUAAGCCACAAUCAUCCCAGACAACAAUAAGCUCAGAACGAUGUCUUAAAAAGAAAGAUAUUGAUAUUAAUGAAGAAUAUCUCAAACGUUCUUUGAGAUAUGGUGACUAUGAAAAUAGAGAUAACAAAUUUAAAGAUAAAAUAGACAAUUCUAUAUAUCAUAGAGAAAGUAAGAUAUCUUCUAAUUAUUUUAUAAAAGACAAGAAUAACCCUUUAAUAGCUACUCAUUUGACAAAAUAUAAAUCUUCAGAAAUAAACACACCAACUUUUCGAAUACCCAGAAAAGACAGUAAACGGAGAAGAAAUGCAAGAGCCAGAAGAAAAUUAUUGAACAAACCCACUGUCAAGAAAAUUAAAACAAAAAGGUUUGCAUUUUAUUAUAGAAAGUCUACAAAUCGUGUAACCCAACAAAAGGCAUUCAUAAAACAUGUAAAAAAAAUAUACAAUUAUUUUGAGAAAUGUGAACAUGUAAGUAAUUUAAAAAUCAAUAUUCAAGUGAAUGUCUUUCCCAAACCGUCAACAGAAAAUGAUUUUUCAUCAGUUAUUUCACAAGAGGAAAUUAGUAAAUAUGAUGAAGAGACAAAAAUUCUAUUCAACGUCAAAUCUAAAAGAUCCAAUGCCGGAACGUCUCAAAUAAAUGUUGAGUGUAACAAAACUAAUGUACACUAUUCAAAUGAACAUGUUAAAAUUAUUUCUCUGCUCGAUGGAGCAGUUAGCCAUACAAAAUAUAUAGCGAGUAAUCCAACAAAUGAAUGUGUUGGAUUGGAUGACACUAAAGAAAAUAAAAAUAUUGAUACUUCUGGCUUUGAGAUUGUACAAGACAUAGGAGAAAUCAAGAAUAUAAUCAAAGAUUUAUCUAGUCUAGCAAAAAGUAUAGUAAAAGAGCACCUAAGUGAGAAAUAUCAAGUAGAAAGUGGUAUUAUUAAACUCAAUACUAAAGCGAGUAAAUUAAAUGAAUCACACAACAUCAAAACCAUCGAAAAAGAAGAAAGUUCCAAAGAAUCGAAAGGAAUACAAUGUUCAACUUAUGAAACAAAUGAUGAUUCUUCAGGUUUGAAACUUAAAAAAGGACCAAAGAAUAAAGAAUCAGGCAACGAAGAAUUAAAUGCACGUUUGACAAGAAAGAGUACUUCAUACCGCAUUAUAGAAAGCGAAUCGAUCCUAAAGGUUCACGACAUGACGUCUGCCGCUCAAGUUGACGAAGAAAUAACGGACCAAUUUACAGAUAAAGCAUUGACAUGUUCAUUACCGAAAUCUAAAUCAUUGUUCGAAAUAUCAACGGGGGCGAACAAUCAGAAUUUAGUUGCGUUUUAUUGUGACGAAUGUUUUAAGCCUACAAAGUGUAUGUACGAAGCCGGUACACACAAUAUUCCAUUUACGUCACAAAUGUGUUCAUUUUGCCCGCACCCGGGACAUAUGUCUACUGUAAAAUAUUGCAGCAGAGAAUGUUUGGAUGAUGAAUUAAAUAGCCCUCUAUUAAUUCAGUGCAGUAAUAAAAACUGUAAGAAUAUGCAACGCACUGAAUCGGAUUGUGAUAAUGAUUGUGAUGAUAUAAACUCAUGUUCAACAGUAUGUAUAGAAAUAGAGGAUAAUCCUUGUGAUAAAAAAUUUAUCGUCCGCAAGAGAAGUGUUAGUUUUACGGAAGGCUGCGUGUACUGCACUGUACUUUGGAUUCCGGUUUUAAUAAUAUCGUGGUUUUUCUAUGUCUACACUUUAAAAGAUUUUAUUGCGUCUAAACAAAAGACGGCUCGUUUCUCUUCGGUAACGACGUCAUCGACUCCUUUUCCAAUAUCACUUGUUGAUUUAGGUUUUUAA